UUCAAAAAUUUGGCAAAUUCCAAUUCAUGACAGUGUGACUGAUUUAACUUUUGCCUAUUUCCCACAUGAUCAUACAAAUAAAGUUUAUGCUGGACUGACCAACGGUGAAUUAGUUGUGAUUGAAAAUGUUGGUUUUGAAGAACCACGUGAUUCUAUUUAUUACAUCACGAUCAGUUUUAUUCCAAUCUCAUCGGUCCUAUUGGCAAGAAAUCAAUUAUGGUGUGCAAGUGGCAGUUCCAUAUUCAUUUUUCAUGCCAAAACAAUGGAUUAUUAUAAACAAAUUAGUAUAUCAAGUAAUCCAUUAGAUGUUAUAUUAAAAAUAUGUCUUGGUGAACAUGGAAUUUGGAUUGCUGUACGUGGUAGUUCCGUCAUUGAAUUAUGGGAUCCUGAUCGAUUGAUACGGAUACUUUUAUUUAAUAUUGUCAAUGAAAUUUAUUUAAGUCGUAGACCGGAAGAAGAGUAUACAUUUAAUCCACAACGAGUCACUGUAAUACUUCCAUAUGAAAAUACAAUAUGGAUUGGUACCGGGAUGGGUGAAGUUUUAGUCUAUCAAAUUACCACAUAUCAAAAAACGGAAAAGACAAAACGUUUUGAUGAUAAUACUCAAAUUAGUGAGCAUAAA